CACCCAGGCUCCCUUGCCUUUGGCUGGGUGCAACUUCCAUUUUAGGUGUUGGAUCUGAGGGGGAAAAAAAGAGAGCGAGAGGGAGAGUAAGGGAGAGAGAGAGGGAGGAGAGAAAGAAGAGCAGGAAAGAUCCUGAAAAGAGGAAGAGGUGGUGAAAAUCAGCUGCCUUGCUGGAUUCGUCUUUCUCAGCACAUUUGGUGAAGCCUCGGGUUUCUUUCUUAAAGGACUGGUUUUCAGAAGUCCACAUUUGAGGGUCUUGCUAAGUUUCUGAGGCUGGCCUUGACUUGGAGAUCCUGCUGCCUCGCCUCCCAUGUUGCUGGGAUUACGAGUUUGCGCUACAGCACCAGCUGAUUUUUCAGUAUUUUUUGAGAGGAGCAGGGAAUCUUGAAUUGGUGCUAGUGUGAAGUGAGGGGGACCUUCUCCCUCCUUCCUCCUCCCUCUGUGAUCCACCUUCCUUUUUUACCCUGCCCUGCGGCGGCUCCGCCCCUUACCUUGAUGGACGACUCAGAGGUGGAGUCGACCGCCAGCAUCUUGGCCUCUGUGAAGGAACAAGAGGCCCAGUUUGAGAAGCUGACCCGGGCGCUGGAGGAGGAACGGCGCCACGUCUCGGCGCAACUGGAACGCGUCCGGGUCUCACCACAGGAUGCCAAUCCACUCAUGGCCAACGGCACCCUCACACGCCGGCAUCAGAACGGCCGGUUUGUGGGCGAUGCUGACCUUGAGAGACAGAAAUUUUCAGAUUUGAAACUCAACGGACCCCAGGACCACAGUCAUCUCCUAUAUAGCACCAUCCCCAGGAUGCAAGAGCCAGGGCAGAUUGUGGAGACUUACACAGAGGAGGACCCUGAAGGAGCUAUGUCUGUUGUCUCUGUGGAGACCUCAGAUGAUGGGACUACCAGGCGUACAGAGACCACAGUCAAGAAAGUAGUGAAGACAGUGACAACACGGACAGUACAGCCAGUCCCUAUGGGACCUGAUGGGCUGCCUGUGGAUGCCUCAUCAGUUUCAAACAACUAUAUCCAGACUUUGGGUCGUGAUUUCCGCAAGAAUGGCAAUGGGGGACCUGGUCCUUAUGUGGGCCAAGCAGGCACCGCUACCCUUCCUAGGAACUUCCACUACCCUCCUGAUGGAUAUAGCCGCCACUAUGAAGAUGGUUAUCCAGGUGGCAGUGACAACUAUGGCAGUCUAUCCCGGGUGACCCGCAUUGAGGAACGAUAUAGGCCCAGCAUGGAAGGCUACAGGGCACCUAGUAGACAGGAUGUCUAUGGGCCGCAGCCCCAGGUUCGGGUAGGAGGGAGCAGCGUGGAUCUGCACCGCUUUCACCCAGAGCCUUAUGGGCUAGAAGAUGACCAGCGAAGUAUGGGCUAUGAUGACCUGGAUUAUGGUAUGAUGUCUGAUUAUGGCACUGCCCGUCGGACUGGGACACCCUCUGACCCUCGCCGCCGCCUCAGGAGUUAUGAAGACAUGAUUGGUGAGGAGGUGCCAACAGAUCAGUACUAUUGGGCUCCUUUGGCCCAGCAUGAGCGGGGAAGUUUAGCAAGCUUGGAUAGCCUUCGAAAGGGAGGCCCUCCUCCUCCCAAUUGGAGACAGCCUGAGCUGCCAGAGGUGAUCGCCAUGCUGGGAUUCCGCUUGGAUGCUGUCAAGUCCAAUGCAGCUGCUUACUUGCAACACUUAUGCUAUCGCAAUGACAAGGUGAAGACUGAUGUGCGGAAGCUCAAGGGCAUCCCCGUGCUGGUGGGCUUAUUAGACCACCCCAAAAAGGAAGUGCACCUUGGAGCAUGUGGAGCUCUCAAGAAUAUCUCCUUUGGACGGGACCAAGAUAACAAGAUUGCCAUAAAAAAUUGUGAUGGUGUUCCUGCCCUUGUGCGAUUGCUCCGAAAGGCUCGUGAUAUGGAUCUUACUGAAGUCAUUACUGGAACCCUGUGGAAUCUCUCAUCCCACGACUCAAUCAAAAUGGAGAUUGUGGACCAUGCACUGCAUGCCUUGACAGAUGAAGUGAUCAUUCCUCAUUCCGGUUGGGAGAGGGAACCUAAUGAAGAUUGUAAGCCACGCCAUAUUGAGUGGGAAUCAGUGCUCACCAACACAGCUGGCUGCCUUAGGAAUGUAAGCUCAGAGAGGAGUGAAGCUCGCCGGAAACUUCGAGAAUGUGAUGGCUUAGUUGAUGCCCUCAUUUUCAUCGUUCAGGCUGAGAUUGGGCAGAAGGAUUCAGACAGCAAGCUUGUGGAGAACUGUGUGUGCCUCCUUCGGAACUUAUCCUAUCAAGUUCACCGGGAGAUCCCGCAGGCAGAGCGCUAUCAAGAGGCACCUCCCAGUGUUGCCAACAAUUCUGGGCCACAUGCUGCCAGUUGCUUUGGGGCCAAGAAGGGCAAAGAUGAAUGGUUCUCCAGAGGGAAAAAACCCACAGAGGAUCCAGCAAAUGAUACAGUGGACUUCCCUAAAAGAACAAGUCCUGCUCGAGGCUAUGAGCUCUUAUUUCAGCCAGAGGUGGUUCGGAUAUACAUCUCACUCCUCAAGGAGAGUAAGACUCCUGCUAUCCUAGAAGCUUCUGCUGGAGCUAUCCAGAACUUGUGUGCUGGGCGCUGGACAUAUGGUCGAUAUAUCCGCUCUGCUCUGCGUCAAGAGAAGGCUCUCUCUGCCAUAGCUGAUCUCCUGACCAAUGAACACGAGCGGGUGGUGAAAGCUGCAUCUGGAGCAUUAAGAAAUCUGGCUGUGGAUGCCCGCAACAAAGAGUUAAUCGGUAAACAUGCUAUUCCUAACUUGGUAAAGAAUCUGCCAGGAGGGCAACAGAGUUCCUCCUGGAAUUUCUCCGAGGACACUGUGGUCUCUCUUUUGAACACCAUCAAUGAAGUUAUUGCUGAGAACUUAGAGGCUGCCAAAAAGCUUCGAGAAACGCAGGGUAUUGAGAAGCUAGUGUUGAUCAACAAAUCAGGGAAUCGUUCAGAAAAAGAAGUGCGAGCAGCAGCACUUGUAUUACAGACAAUCUGGGGAUAUAAAGAAUUGCGGAAGCCACUGGAAAAAGAAGGAUGGAAGAAAUCAGACUUUCAGGUGAAUCUAAACAAUGCUUCUAGAAGCCAGAGCAGUCAUUCAUAUGAUGAUAGCACUCUUCCUCUCAUUGACCGGAAUCAAAAAUCAGAUAAGAAACCUGAUCGGGAAGAAAUUCAAAUGAGCAAUAUGGGAUCAAACACAAAAUCACUAGAUAACAACUAUUCCACACUGAAUGAGAGAGGGGACCACAACAGAACACUGGAUCGAUCUGGGGAUCUGGGCGAUAUGGAGCCAUUGAAGGGAACACCCUUGAUGCAGGACGAGGGGCAGGAAUCUCUGGAGGAAGAGUUGGAUGAGUUGGUUUUGGAUGAUAAGGGGGACCAAGUGUCUUACCCCACCAUGCAGAAGAUUUAGCACCACUAUCUCCACUCCAUCUGGCUUAUAAUAUAUGUACUUUUAUUUUUUGGUGGUGAAAUGGACUGACGAUUUUUCCCUUUCUUCGCUGGACUAUUGUGCCAACUGCCAGGCUGCCUCCUGCCCUUGUAGCCCAAAGCAGCUGCCUUCAUUCCAUCAACUCUCAACUUCUUCCAGUGAAAUUUAAUUGUCCCACUCCUGCCCCCUCAUUCCCUCCCAUUUCUCCCAAGAAACCCGACUCAGUUAUUUGCAUAUCUCGAGAACUGCUGCAGAUUAGUUCUUUUUGCCAGCUCUCCCUGGAACUCUUGGCCUUGUAUGUAGGAAGGGAGAGAGUGGGAAUCUUCACUGGAAGCCAUGGGAAGAAUUGGAAGUUAACAUUUUGUAUAUGCAAUGUCCAGCAAUCUGCUAUGAUUCUUAAUCAAGAUUAUUUUUCCUGGUGGGCAAGGGACUUUUUUAUUUUCUCUUGGAGAAUGGGAAGCACGAGCUCUUCUCUUAUUCCAGUGGCUAUUUAUGAAGCAAAGAAGGCUGACAGCAGUGGUACAUUCCACCCGGCAGGGGCCUUCGAUUAAGUGAAGGCCUUCUAAAACUGGGAUUGAGAACCCUUCUCUCCUCACCUCCGAGGCAGGGGCCAUCAAGGACCUACUUGACUCCAUCUCUUCUUUAAGCCUCAUGCCAACCCUGGGCUGCUGCUGCCCCUUAUGGAGGCUGUUCUUAACCUCCUCUCCUACCCUAUGAUAAGUCUGCUGACUUGUUCUGGCCAUUUGCAAGAGGCUGUGUAAAGAGGAGAAUGUCAAGGAAGACUUUCUGGUUGAGAAGGAGCAGAAAGAUGUCUUUUGGAAAGAAGAAGAACCUCUAGGAGGAGCUAGAAGGAAUGUACAUGAAGUGGUUAGUCUGAAACUGGCAGGAAGCUUCAAAUCUGGCUUCCCCCGACCCCAACCCCAUUUCUCCUUUUCCUGCCCUAUAGGCCUGUCCCCACUGCCUCCUACCUGGAUUGGUUGGCCAACUGUAGGACUUGAUGUACAUAACUCCUGUUCCCUUUACCCUUAUAAGGUGGGGAUUGCCCCGGCUUUGCCUCUUCUUUGUGCCUUUGGCCUGGGGUGCAUCUCUUCCCUCCCUUCCAUGUGCCUUUCUUUGCCUCUGCAGUCUCAUUUCUCAUGAUUUUGCAAGUUCUAUUUUGUUGCUUUCUUACCCACUAUUGGCCCUCAAUAGCAGAAAGGAGAGGUGAUCUAGAGAGCCUCAGAUUCUGGGGAUUGGUGUAGCCUCUGAUUUCAGCCACAGCAAGUUUUUGCUUAACAGCAUGUGAUUGGGAUUUUGUAAAAAUCUCAUCCUGAUGAAUCUCAAAGCAAGAUUGGUAGGAGUGAGUGGUGUAACUCUUACUCCUUAGUUGCCCAGGAUAUAUCAUCAUUUCUGAAGGGAUUAUAGUGAAUACAAGGUUUCUCCCCAAUUCUCCCUUCCCCGCAAUAUGCCCCUCUCACUUUUAUUGUAUAUUAGCAGGUUGGGCUAAAGAAAUCAGCUGCUACGUGGGUUGAUGUUUUUUUUUUUUUUUUUAAGCCCUUUUCUUUAUUUGCCUUCUACUUUCCUUAAUCUAAAAACUCUGUUCAAUGCAACUGGAAUUCUUAAUCCCUCUCUUCCCCUUCCCUUAUAUAUUGAGGCUAUGGGGUAGGAGAAAAGUGCACAACCCACCAACCCCUUUCCCUGUGCAUUAAAGUUCCUUAUUUACCUCUGUUCCUCCCAUUUCUUCCCACUCUCUUCCACCUUUUCUGACAAAAAGGAGCCUUCUGCUCUCUCUGACCCUCAGAGCACACUGCACAGGGGAUUUUCCCCAUCCAGUCCUGGCUCCACUCUUGGUUUCUCUUGUCCUCCUCUGCUCUUCCUGGUGCUCUUUUUUCUCGGUGGAGUGUGGGUAAUAGAAUAGCCAUGGGCUUUUGGGGACCUUUUAACUAUAUAUUUUUUCUCUUUCAUUUAUAAAAACACUAAACAUUGAAUUCCAGACAACCAAAAAUCCCACCUUCCCACCGAACACUACUAAGGGGCAUAUCUUCUGCUCCAUACCUUUUUCUUUCUCUCUUGUUAAUGCUUUUAAAAACAAAUGAGUUUUUAUAUGAAUAAAGUUUUUAAAGUGUG